ACUCUUGAGUAAUCGCUAAACUUAAAAACCCACAAAUUGCUCAUUCGACCCAUAUCCCAACAAACUAUCUCAAAUCCCCAAAAUUUAGGAUUCAUCCAAUCGCAACAAACUCAUCGGCUGCAACUAAACAAAUCAACCAAAUUCAUUAACAAACCGCCGAUGGGUACAACUACCGUCGACGCCGACACCGCCUCGGUGGGAGGAGAUUCCGAGUCUGCCGCCCUCCUCCUGAGCCCCAACCAAGUGAAGAUUCCCAGGGACACGUUCCAACUAGCCUACAUUAUAUACUUCACGCUCGGCACAGGCUAUCUCCUGCCGUGGAACGCAUUCAUCACCGCCGUCGAUUACUUCUCCUUCCUAUACCCGGACGCGUCCGUGGAUCGCGUGUUCGCCGUGGUUUACAUGCUGGUGGGGCUUACUUCAGUGCUGAUCAUCAUCGCUUUCGCCCACAGAUCGAACGCCGUCGUGAGGAUCAAUUCGGGCUACGCGCUGUUCCUGCUGUCGCUGGUGGCGGUGCCGCUGAUGGACGUGUGGUAUGUCAAGGGGCGCGUCGGCGUUUACGGCGCAUACUAUGUGACUGUGGGAGUGGUGGGGCUGUGCGGAGUGGCGGAUGGCCUUGUGCAGGGGGGUGUCGUGGGGAAUGCCGGGGAGCUGCCGGAGAGAUAUAUGCAGGCUGUGGUGGCUGGAACUGCAGCUUCUGGAGUCCUUGUGUCAUUAUUAAGGGUUUUAACCAAGGCUAUAUAUCCUCAAGAUGCCAAUGGACUGAGAAAAAGCGCCAACCUUUACUUUAUCUUCAGCAUUGUUGUGAUGAUAUUAAACAUAAUUUUCUAUAAUGUAGCACAUAAGCUUCCAGUCAUAAAAUAUUACAAUGAUCUGAAAAAGGUUGCAGCAAAUGAGGAGAAGGAACAGAAAGGGGAACUUACAGGAAAGCUAUGGAGGUCAACAUUGUGGGAGAUUGUUGGGACCGUUAAAUGGUAUGGGUAUGGAAUCAUGAUCAUAUAUGUUGUGACAUUGUGUAUUUUUCCCGGUUCUAUUACAGAAGAUGUGCAUUCUGACAUUCUGAAGGACUGGUUCCCAAUUGUUCUUAUUGCUUGUUACAACGUCUUUGAUCUGGUUGGUAAAACUCUGACUCCUCUAUAUAUCAUGGAUAAUGCCAAAGCUGCUAUUGGCGGCACUUUUGCAAGGCUAUUGUUUCUGCCUCUCUUCUAUGGUUGCUUGCACGGCCCUGAUAUUUUGAGAUCAGAAAUUCCAGUCAUGAUCCUCACCUGUCUUCUUGGUCUCACAAAUGGCUACUUUACCUGCGUCCUGAUGAUUUUGGCACCCAAAACUGUCCGGUUACAGCAUGCUGAGACAGCAGGGAUCGUGCUGGUGUUGUACUUGAUUGUUGGUCUGGCAAUUGGUUCUAUCCUAUCCUGGUUUUGGGUUUUAUGAGUGACUGGCUUAUCUGGAGUUGUCUGGAUGCCUCCAACUCCAAGCCCCGGCCUCGCCCUACAUUGGUAAGAGCCAGUUCUCUCUUCAUCCUGGCUUCUACAAAUAGUUGGGUUUGUAUAACAAUUAUGUGCUUUAUUUGUAAUUACUCUCAUGCUUCAUGCUGUUUUUCUAAAUGUUCCUACCCUUCAUGUUGUGUAAUUAAAGAACAUGCUGCAAUAUCACUCGAAUUCCAUUUCAAAUAUCA